AUGGUUUCAAACAAUGUUGUUCCGAUGAAGUUAGAAAGUUCUGACAGAAGAUAUGUAGUUGUCAGAACGUCAGAUUCUCAUAUGCAAGAUACAGAAUAUUUUGACGCUUUGUCAGAAUGUUUGACAUCUGACUUUUACAACCACUUGUUCUCAUAUUUCAUGACAUUAGAUAUUUCUAAGUUCAAUCCAAGACAAAUUCCACAUACCGAAGAGAGACAAACAUUGUUAGAAGCAAACAAGAGUGUAUAUGAACUGUUCAUAGAUGAAACUGACUUUGUGUCAUUAGAUGAAAGGUCAUUGUACGAUUCGUAUAAACAAUAUUGUCAAGAAUAUGGUUAUAUGGCAGCGUCUAAACGUACAUUCUUGGCAAAUGUCAAAAGUCUUUUAGAUGUUCAGAAUGGUGUAUAUACAAAGAAAAAUUUUUCUGAGUAA